UCGUUCAAACAACUUCUCACUGGUAGUUUUGGCCCCGAGCCCCUGAGCGAUCGUUGAACCAUCCCGACUCGCCCCCCGAGAGCCUUGCGGGCUGCCUCGCUUGUCCCGAGCAACAGUUCCACCUCGACAGCCCCUCCGAGAGACACCGCUACCCCUCUUCAACUGAUAUGGCCGAUAUGGGCAACAGCAACAGCUCCGAGAGCGGCGGCGGCGGCGACGACGACGGCAUCGUCAACUGGGUCGCCCUCGUCAUUUCCCUGGUGGCUCUGCUGGGCACCUUCGCCCAGGUCUUCCAGCAAUACAUUGCGUCGGCCGCCGGAUACUCGAACUGCGGCGAAAGCGUCAUGGGGAGGUGGCACGAGAGCAAAAAACGAAAAUUCCGGGCCACCGAGCUGCGCUUCGAGGUCGAGUUCGAGACCCCCGUCAUUUUCGUCUGCCCGACCACCAACGACAAAGGCCCCAUCAAGAAACAGCCGAUAUACUUCGUCAGCGGCACGCCGCAAAGCUUGAAAGAAACGCGGGCAUUAUUACCACAAGAUGAAGAAGCGCACCGCCAGUCGCUGCAGGAGAGCACGGUACACACCGCCGACAACGAGAGGGCCUCGUGGGUCGUGCUGCUCUCGCAGUUACAAUCCAUGGAGAAGGAAAGCCAGGACUGGCAGCAAGAGCACUACAAACAGAACCCGCCCGAACGGAUGGAGCAAGUUGAUUUUUCGAAACAUACGCUCGCCGUCGCCCUGCAGGCCAAGAAACGAAGCUGGGAUACCAUGCCCGCCGGUGUCAAAAAGCCCUACGCUACUACGACCAUGUGCCACCUCCUCGAAAUUGUCGCCAUGAUGGGGAUACACUGGAAGGAGUUCGACCGGUCGCGGGAGCGGUACCGGGCCGAAGGGAACGGCUACAUCCUGAUGGGUACCAAUGUCCCCGAACUUGGCAUUAUGUUCACCCUCCAGGUUACCGGCAAGAGCCGGUUUCAGGAGAAUAGGGUGAUCCCCGUCGAUGAAGUCAAGGAGCUGUGCUGCGGCUAUGUGUCAACCUUGUUCCAGGAAAACAAAGACAGGCGUCGGAUCGAGUUUCCCAACGACGAUACCAAGGAUAGCAAGGAUACCAAGGACCUGAACUUCCUCCAGCUCGGCAGUCUAGACGAGAUUGCCGAGACCAUGGUCCUGAUUGAGUGCAACACCGAUACGGCCAAGUAUUUCCGGUCUCCUGACGCCAAGCACGGCCAUCUCUUCCCAGUUCCGUUUGAGCUCCUCGGCAUGCUUGGAAAGACGCUACACAUCCGCAAUAGCGCCUUCCGCAUGCUGCCAAACCCUACCCCGUACCACUGGGACAAGAACUUUUUCAACAUGCGGAGGCUGGUCCGGGAAUAUUGGAAAAAGAUCACGGACUCGGAUACAGAUGACGUGCUCUGGAAUCCGCAGACCCAAAAGUUAAUGGACGAUUCCGAGACCUUGGUACACGCCCUGGACGUGGAUAAGAAGUCGAAAACACCCGGAUAUUCCAUGCCGCUGCUCAAUACUCUCCACGAUGUCCUGGUUGGGUGUGACAAUUUUCUCAAGACCAGCGACCGUGACCUUGUGCGCAUGGUCAUCCGCGAACAUUUCCAGGAAGUCAUGAGGAUGAUCAACGACAAGGGCAGCGCCGAAGGCGAUUUCGACGCCAAUAGCAUGCGAAGUGGCGGCGUGAAGCAAGUGGCAGAACACUUCGACGAGCUCACGGCGGCCAGCCCCGAGCUGCGCCAGGAGGCUUUCAUGGAGCUAUAUUUCUUCAAAGUGCUCCGCCACGUCCGGGCACGCGCCGUCAUGUCAUAUGGGCGCCGACAAACUACUCAGUACGCCCCAUCGGUGCAUUCCCCAGAUUCCGCCAUCGACAGCGAGCCCGAGGCCAGGGCCUCUCCUCCUUCACUGAGGAAAGACGGGAGCAGUCAGUCGGUGCCCAUGCUGACCGUGCAGUUUCCGGGCGGGGGGCCGCAGCCAGACCUGGCGGACGAGACGACAAAGCUUGAGUCGACAGCCUCGGCCAUAUGGUGCACGCUCGUGCUGAGGAUGCUGUGCUGGUUAUUGCUGCACGAUUUUAACAAGAAAGACGUGCAAAUUCCCAAGAGUGAGCUGCUCGGGAGUCGCCUGCCGGUUUAUAUCGCCUAACCGGUGUCUGGAGGCGGUGUGGCGUGGCAUUGGCUCGGCUGGGCGCUCGACAAGGGGAAGACGAACUCCCUUGGGUCGAGUCUGGUGGACUCUGGUUGCCAGAGAAGGGAGGCGUUCUUGGUUUAAGGCAGGGCAUAUUCAUUCUGGUAAUCAUCUCUAGCGUUCAUCAUAUUU